ACUAACCAAAUUUAUGACAGACCUUGACAGAAACGCAAGUUGAGUGCUUUGCCCCAAGACUUUUGUAAACUUUGUUUAUGUUCUAUUAUUAUCAUAAUAGUGAUAGUGGUGAUGAUUAAAAUUGUUUUUCUUAAUUAAUAAUUAUUAACUAAAAUUAUAAAAGAAUGGCGUCUUCUUUGGAAAAUUUAGAAAGCCAACUGGAGCUUUUUAUCGAAAAUGUUCGUCAAAUUCAUAUAAUAGUUAGCGAUUUUCAGCCCCAAAGUCAAAACGUGCUGAACCAAAAACUGCUUGCAUUGGUGCACGGUUUACAAGAAGUAGAUAAACUCAAAUCACAAGUACAGGAUGUCCAUGUUCCUUUGGAAGUUUUUGAUUACAUUGACCAAGGACGUAAUCCACAGUUGUACACAAAAGACUGUAUUGAGAAAGCCUUGGCCAAGAACGAACAAGUGAAGGGUAAAAUUGACGCCUACCGCAAAUUCAAAGCAAACAUGUUGCUGGAAUUGAGCAAAACGUUUCCAACUGAGUUGAGUAAAUAUCGGGCGAUAAGGGGCGAUGAAUGAAUCACAAAUACUUUGAGUUAUUUAUUAGUUAGAGUCAAUAAGUUAUAAAAUGCAUUAUUCAAUAAAUGUUACGUAUUGUAUUCCUCUUUAACUA